AUGCGUGCCACGAUCGGUUCUUCUGGUCUGCAGGUAACCGCGCUCACAAUCAUCGGGAUUGUCACGAUUUUCACCAGUGUGAAUAUCGUCGUUGGAUUCCCCGACGGAGCCCCCGUCGACGCUUGUGUAAAACCACGACCCAAUCAACCAUAUCACGGACAGGCUCGACCACAACCCCAUCACACCAACCCCUACACCAUCACAGCGUCAUCGUCCGAAUACGGACCUGGAUCACAAAUCACGGUCACCAUCGAGGGGGAGAAAUUUCAGGGAUUCUUCGUCCAGGCGAGAGACGCCCAGACCGAUAACUGGGUGGGAUCCUGGGCCCAAACUCCGAAUACCAAUACUCAUCCUGAGUGUAGUGCCGUGACCCACGCUGACCCCCGUGAGAAACAACAGGCCACCCUCAUAUGGAACGCACCCCAUAACGCUAGGGGCAAAGUUUAUUUUACGUGA